CGACUCCAGGCUGUUUUUACUGCUAGCAGCAAACAAGAAGCUUGGUGCCCUUUACAUGUUGUUUUCGUCUGACUUCGGCUUUGCGUAACAUGCGAUCUGGCUCAUAUUUCAAUGGCCCUGCGAUGGUGUUCACCUCAUGUGGCGCAUGUAUUGGAUAUUAUUUCUUCCGUUGUGGCAUAGAUGAACUUGAAUAGUGAGCUUGUGAGUGGCAGGAGGAACCUUGUUCUCUGUAACCUUCACCUGGCUUGAUUGUCUUAUUUGCAUGUUCCUCCUGUGUUGACAUUAUCAUCACUUUUGCUUUGCAUUUCAAGAGAACCUGAAACUGCAGGCUUAAUCCUGUCAGGAAGCAGCCACCCAACACAUGAAUGCAUGUUUUUGGUGCCGCUAGUCUGAGUGGCUCCAUUGUUCGGGUGGAAUUAACAUAAGCGUUUCGAUUGCCGGUGAUUGGCCUCAUUGUCUUGCGUGAAUGAAAUUGGUGUCAGGACUCGGCUAUAGUCAAUGAAUGAAUCUGCUUUGAAUGAAGGGAUCCGACCAAUCGCAGAGGUGAAGCAGGAGUUCAAUAGUGUUUUGCCUGCCCACCAGUCGCUACACAGUCACUCCUCUUUGGCCCUGAGCUGCAAUUUGUCAGAGGAGCUUCCACCCCUGCAGCUCGGAGGUAUUGCCUUGUCAGCAGAGGAGUAGAAUAGUGCCGAAGACACGUGACUCGCGGCAUGGAGCUCCUGAGGUCUAGCAUUACUGACGUGAGGGUGAUCCGCAAACCAGGGAUGAAAAACGGGGUGAGAGGCGAGUCGGGGACCAGCGACGAAGAGCUGACAUCUGAUGUUCUGAGCCACUAUAGCAGUGCUAGCGAGGGCACGUCUGUGGUGGACGAUGGUAACGGAAGCGAGCAGGUGGAUGAGUCGACGGCUCAGGAGGAAAUGGAAGACAAACUUAAACAGUGCAUCGACAAUCUGAUGGACAAAAGUGCCAAGACUCGCCUUGCGGCUCUUGAGUCCUUGCGUCAGGCCUUCUCCUCCAAAGUGCUCUUGGACUUCCUGGCCGAGCGGCGCUUCACGGUGAGCGACUGCCUGGAACGAAGCCUAAAAAAAGGAGGCGGUGAGGAGCAGGCGCUGGCUGCCACAGUCUUCACGCUGCUCUGUAUUCAGCUGGGGGGUGGCGACGAGGCUGCGGAGGGCUUCAAGAUGCUACGCCCGAUGCUCACCACCAUCCUGAACGACAACACUGCCAGUAUCACGGCGCGCCAGUCUUGUGCCAGAGCUUUGGGAAUGUGCUGCUACAUCUCUGCAGCAGAUGAUGGCGAGGACUUGGUGAAGUCACUGACCCUCCUGGAAGGUGUUUUCAAGUCCUCCUACCCCAACAAAGAGGGAACACUACCCACGCCCAAACCUGGUGUUCCAGGCCUCCACAGUGCCGCCCUGCAGGCCUGGUCCCUCCUCGUCACGCUGUGUCCGACGUCCAGACUGACCGUUCUGCUCGACCUUCACCUCCCAAAACUCCAGGCCUGUCUGGAAAGCAAUGACGUCAACUUCAGAAUUACAGUGGGAGAGACGAUUGCCCUGCUGGUGGAACUGGGCCGAGAUAUUGAUGAGGACUUUGACGUGGACGACGUGGACGAGCUAUGCAAAAGUUUAAAGGGUUUGGCCACAGACGGCAACAAGCAUCGAGCCAAGAACGACCGGAGGAAACAGCGUUCCAUCUUCAGAGAGGUGCUGCAUUACAUGGAGGGUGAGGAGUUCAGCGAAGAGAAGAUCCGCUUCGGAGUGGAGAGCGUCUACAUCGACAGCUGGAUGAGGAGUCGGAUCUACGACGCCUUCAAAGACAUCCUGGAGUCCGGAAUCAGCCUCCAUCUACAGUACAACCAACUGCUGCGGGACAUCUUUGGCCUUGGCGCGCCAAUCAUCAUCGACGCUGCUGUCAAAGCGAACAAGAUCUCACGGUUUGAAAAGCAUCUGUUUAACUCUGCUGCCUUCAAGGCCCGGACGAAACAAAGGAAAAGGGUCAGAGACAAGCGGGCGGACAUCAUGUGAGGUCCUCAUCAGCUCGGAACUUGGGAAGCCAUCGGAUAGAAACUACAGAAAAAUGCCUUCAACUCUUCUCUCACCUCUUCAAGAGAGCCGUGGUCUUCAUCUCAAACAGAAAUGUUUUGUGAUGUUUUCACUCGUGCAUCUGCUCAGCUCUCAGACGUCAGUGUUUUUACCGGUUGACUGGAGUAACUAAGCCACUGUGUUUUCACCUACGCCGCCACGUCACUUUUGUGUCCUCUUGUGAAGUUGUUACAGUUCUUCUACAGUUGAUGUACCACCUGACUAUUGAACCAUAGACACGCCUGUGUGCUAAAAGGGCUAAAACACUGAGAGUAAAUGUGAUAUCUUUUAAGAAAAAAAAACCCCAAGAUGCUCCAGCAUCUUGAUUCUAUCAAUAAAAAGCCUUUUCUUUGUAACUUAAUCUCACGCUGGUGCUCAAGCUUCUUCUCUCGUUUGAUCGCAGGAUACUUGAAAACGUUUUCAACCCACACUGUUUAAAAUCCUUACUUAGCCACCAAGUGCUGCUCAUUGACAUUUUUUCCAGAUCUGCAGAACGACUCCCUGAAAAUUGUGUUUCCCAUCUUGUUUUGAAGUGGCUUCUAACCAGGAAAUGAAUUUGGUGUGUGUUUUAAUCAAACCCUAGAAGGGACAUUGCCUAAUUAAAAGUAUUUUUAAAAUAUUUUUUGAGAGUAAAUCUACAGUACAUUUAAAUUUUUUGCUGGUCUCUUGUAUUUUACUUGGUAAUUUAUGACCAUGGCCGUACCGUAUGAUUUUUAAGACUGAUUCUUUUCUCGUGAAUGUUUUUAAAGAGUAUUUAAUCACACUGGAUCCUCAUGUAUGUUGCAGUCGAAGGGGCUCAAGGCUGCUCAUAUGUUUGUUUAUUUACAGUCUGAAAUGAAAUAUCACACUGAAGGUCACUUUACAAACACAACAGUUCAUAAAAACUACAUACAGCUAAACCAUUGUAUUGUUCUGAAGGAUGAGUUGCGGUUCUUGUGGCUUAAUAACAGAAAAUAAUGUAAUAAAAACAUUGCUAAUUCAA